AUGGCAACGGAUAAUAUACGGCAGCUGGACCGCCUUCACACCCGCAUUACCAAGUUCAUGCCAGGGACCCCGAAGAAGCGAUGCAUUGGCCACGUUCUGCACGCCGACCCCAUGGCGUCUCCUCGGACGAACCUGAUGGGUUCACCGUCGACUGGGCCGUCAUCCAGCUCAACACUUAAGGACGCUUUCGAUUGGGGCGAAUCGCGAUUUCAAGGGGAACAGGGUUUAGUAUACAUCGUACAUCCAUCUCGCCAGCUCGUCCCGCAAACAAUUGUUUCAUUCAUUCAUGAUCGCACAGGCCCCAAGAUCGACAGGGAAGCCUACCGGAACCUCAUGUUCCCCAACUACAAGGACCGGGCUGGCUACGAGUCGGCCUCCUCCAGAUCGUCGGCAGCGUGCCCGAGAUCUAGAGCGAAAUCUGUGAACCCAAGCAGCUCAAUGCACGUCAUUAAGAACGGCUUGACCACGGACACUACCGUCGGCUGGGUGAACGGCCUCAAAUCCCUUGCAAUUGUCCGCCACUACUACAUCCACUACGACCUCAAGCUCAAGUUUACCGCCCUCGAGGCCAAUAUCGUUCCCUACGGCGGGCGCGACUCCGGCUCUGUCGUCCUCGACAGAAAUGGCCGUAUCGUUGCCCUGCUCACGGGUGGUGGCGGCGUGACCGAUGACGAGACCGACGUCACCUUCGGUAUGAACUCGAACCUCUCAUCAUCAAGGAGACCUUGCCUGGCUGCCGCUGUAUCUACGACUAGGUUUGUGCAGGGACCGGCUCGACGUCGAUGUGCCCAGUCGCGGGUUGCCGCCGCUCAUCCGGUUCAGGGUCACCCACACCCAGACCACACCCUCUUAAGUUUGCCCACCGCCUCCGAGUCUUUCGAAUUCGCAGCAUCGUCAACCGCGGCGGCCUCUUCUCAUUCGCGAGCUACGGCCCAUCCUCACCCGGGCCCGGGCUCACACGAGCACCAUCAUGGCAAUCUACUCUACACUCACACCUAG